GUCGUCGCUAAUAAUAUGGGUUGGAGUUCUCUGCAUUCCAUCCCCACAGGAUUGCAACAAAGUAUAUAAAUACCAGUAAACGACAGCCACGUCCGCGACGCGACGUCUCCACAAUCUUUCACCAGCUAGGUUCUCCUUUCACCCUCAAGUACUCUUCCAACUUCCAGUACAAGUUCAACCGCCUGCCCUACGGUUCUCACAAAUUUUCAUCCGCUCUGUUCAACGUAAUGCCUGCAAUGACCAUGUCUGCGGUACACCCUGUCCUGAGAGCAUCAUCUCCGAUGCCAUACGCUUCUUCACCCCUUGCUGCAUCAUCUCCGAUGCCAUAUGUUUCUUCACCCCUUGCUGCAUCGUCACUGAACGCCCCGUCUGGCUCGUCGAGAGCGUCGCCUAUGCGACCAUCAUUCCCUCACUCUCGCCCUUUGCGACCAUUCGUUUCAAUAUCACAAAACACCUCGUCGCGUUCUUCAAAAAAACCUGUCAAGUUCAUAGAACCACCAAAGAACUCCAAGACAGUCUUUGUACUUGACUUGACCCAGGGAGAACUGAGCAGGCAGGAUUGAGCCUGCGCGACGCGUGCGGUACUCUUGCACUAGACUGAUGAGUGUGCCCUAGAGCCAUAGAUCGACCACCAUUUGGCGCAUUACUCCAAACCCUUUCCGACCAUGUUGUAUGAUUGGUGGCUUCU